AUGUUGACCGAGUCUUCGUUACAUCGCAAUAUUGCUGCGCUUUUGCCAUCGUUGUCGUCGGCUGAUGUUGAGAAAUUUACGAACGAUUGGCUUGACGCAUAUGGAUCAUAUUUUGGGCAAUCAUUUUCACCAUCGUUGACGCAUCAGCCUUUUCUUUGGGUCAUUCGCUCAUCAUUGACACAAAUCUUAGCAUCAUUUGGUUUAUCGAAUACGGUACCUGAAGACAGUGCCACUUUCAAUUCCUUGUUGUCCGCAUGGCACGAUCUACAUCCACGAGUUGGUGCUACAGAAGUUUUAGUAAAACUAAACACAAAAUAUCAGUUAGGACUGCUUUCGAACGGUGAUAAGAAUACACUCCAAGCAGCCCGACGUGCCUUUCCAUCAUCGGUGAAUAUUUCGUUAAUUUUCUCGUCGGAUUAUCCAGUCAAUUGCUUCAAGCCUUGUCCGGAAAUGUAUGCUCAAGCACUGGCUGCGGUGCAUGGUGACAAGACCCAGGUUCUACAUAUAGCUGGCUCAGCGGUGGAUACGCAUGGUGCUCGCCGUUUUGGUAUUUAUUCGGGUGUGUUAGAUAGUUCAGCAUUGCAUACGGAACCAGAACCAUGCUUUGCCUUUGAUGAUAUAGAACAGCUGCUUUCUUCAUCGCUGUUAGCCAUAACGGGUGUACCAUAA